UUUUUUUUUUUUAUGAUAUUGAUUGUUUACAGGUGCAAAACCGUACUAUAACGAGACUGUGCCGCAGACAAGUGAUCACUGCUGUAAAUGGAAGUCUUCCUGGUCCAACCAUACGUGUAAACGAAGGGGACACCCUUGUUGUUCAUGUCUUCAACCUUUCACCUUAUAAUCUCACUAUUCAUUGGCAUGGAGUUUUUCAGCUACUGAGUGGGUGGGCUGAUGGACCCGAAUUUGCGACCCAGUGCCCGAUCCGACCCGGACAUAGCUACACCUACAAGUUUAACGUAACGGGUCAAGAAGGGACUCUUUGGUGGCAUGCACAUGUUUCAUGGCUUAGAGCCACGGUUCAUGGUGCACUCAUUAUUCGACCCAAAAAAGGAAACUCUUAUCAUUUCCCUAAACCUUACAGAGAAGUCCCUAUCCUCUUAGGAGAAUGGUGGAAUGCCAAUGUUGUGGACGUGGAGAAUGAAGGACUAGCCAGUGGUGCUGCACCUAAUAACUCUGAUGCUUACACCAUUAAUGGAUGGCCAGGCGAUCUUUACCCUUGCUCUGUUAAUCAAACAUACAAGUUGACAGUGAAACAAGGGAAAACAUAUCUCCUUCGUAUCAUCAAUGCUGCACUCAAUAACCAGCUCUUUUUUAAGAUCGCAAACCAUAAAAUGAAAGUUGUCGCGGUUGAUGCUGCUUAUACUGAUCCUUACAUUACGGACGUAGUCGUCACCGGACCAGGUCAGACGACCGACGUCCUCUUGACGGCCGAUCAAGCGCCGGCGUCGUACUACAUGGCGGCUAACCCCUACGCUAGUGCAGCCGGGGUACCAUUUGACAACACAACCACAAGAGGAAUUAUAAUAUAUGAAGGUGCACAAACAUCAAAUCCAAUAAUGCCAAUUUUACCAGCCUUUAAUGACACGCCAACAGCCCAUAAAUUCUUCACCAAUAUAACUGGGCUUGUAACUGGGCCAUUUUGGAUCCCUCCACCUCGUAAAGUGGAUGAGCACAUGUUUAUUACUAUUGGGCUGGGCCUAACUGCUUGUAAUAGACCAGGAAAUGCAACAUGUGGAGGCCCAAAUGGACAAAGAUUUGCUGCUAGUAUGAACAAUGCAUCUUUCCAAUUGCCUGACAAGAUUUCAAUGUUGGAGGCAUUUUUCCACAACGUGAAUGGAGUUUACACUACUGAUUUCCCUAACCAACCACCACUGAAAUUUGACUACACAAAUUCUAAUAAUAGCAUGAAUCCUGCUAUUAUAAUGACUACAAAGUCUACUAAAGUGAAGAAAGUUAAGUUCAAUGCCACAGUUGAGAUUGUGUUCCAAAAUACUGCUUUGAUUGGGAUAGAAAAUCAUCCUAUUCAUCUGCAUGGAUUUAACUUCUAUGUCUUGGCUCAAGGAUUUGGAAAUUAUAAUCCCGCAGUUGAUCGGAAAAAAUUUAACCUUUUCAAUCCUCAAGAACGUAACACAAUUGGUGUUCCAGUCGGAGGAUGGGCUGUCAUUAGAUUCCGAGCUAAUAAUCCAGGUGUAUGGUUGAUGCAUUGUCAUUUGGAUGUUCACUUGCCUUGGGGAUUAGCUACAUCUUUUGUUGUUGAAAAUGGGCCAACACCAUCAACUAGGCUACCUCCUCCACCACCAGAUCUACCUAAAUGCUAGAUUAUUUCCUUUUUAUUUAUUUUUAUUAGGAUACCAGAGUGUGAUUAUAUGAUUCUUGGUUUGUUUCAUUCUUCCAAUUGUAUAAGCGAGUCAUUUGUUUUUCUGGUCAUUCUUUGACUUGUUAAACAAACAUGGUUGUAUUUAGUUAUCAUCAUUCUUUAAGAUUUAUGUUAAGUGUAAUGUAUCAUCCUUGCCUGAGAUUGCUCUUUGAUUAUGAAUAAAGUUACUGUCUUUGGGAUUCCUGCUAAA